AGGCCAUCAUCCGCGCCGCCUCCUACGUCGUCCGCCGGCGUGCGGCUCUGCCUUUGCGCCUCCCUCCAGCAGUCCAGCCGGCUCCAGCCUCCAGGUCCCUAUUACAAUUGACAUACUGAGGACUAGAGGUGGGCAUAAAAACAGAACUGAACUGGUACCGAGUCAGAUCGUAAUGGUACCGAACCGAAUAUGAGAUACAAAUGGUUCUAUUCCUAGAAUCGGGCCCUAUCAAACAGUUAAAAAUCUCAAGGAUGCACUGCGGGUUUAGAUAAAUUAUCUUACCGUUCCACAGACCGCGCCACCGUACUUACGAGUUAGGACCUUGUGGGCCAUGGCAUGAUGGGUGAAGAAAAAACUGAACACGGUCUAAAUCGACGUUCUGAAGCACGCCAGCGAAUCAGUAGGUACUGAUUUGCCAAAGCAAACAAAUUAACGAUUAAUCAGUAAGGUUAGGCGGUUGGCGACUGAGGACUUGGCGUGAGAGGAGAAAGGAAAGCACACCGAGUAGGCUGUAGGCGGAAAGGAAGCGCCGGAGCGGCGGGGGCAGGGGCUAGUCUACUGGUUAUUCAGUCGGCGUUGCUUAGUCUACUGUCCAUUAAGCGUCACUAUUUAAACAAUCCAGAAACCCGGGUUGGGGAAUACCAAGAGCCCCAAUUGCAACUAGACAUCAAGGAUGGGAAUCCCCCAAUCGAUCCCAGCAAGAAAGCUUGAGCGGCAUAAUAAGCUUUCACGGAUUAUUAUCAAGAACUUAUCAUCAAUAUCACGCAAUAAUACUAAUUUCACAAAAAAUGUACACCCCACAAGCUCCCAUCUUGCAAUCACCAGCAAGGCUCUCCUGGAAUAUGUGGUUUCUUCUCAAUGGCAAUUCAUCGAACAGGUUUUGCCCCAUAUCACGCCCUCCUUGGUCUCGUCUACCAUUUCCGAUCUCCGCUCAUCCCCGGACCACAUUCUCCAGUUCAUGCAAAAGCUCACCUCCGAUUGUCUCGACGUCAACUGUUAUUGCCUCGCCAUCUCAAUCCUUUCGCGCCUUCCAUCCCCUUGUCAUGCACUGCAGCUCCUCAAGCAAGCAGUCAGUUCUCGUAUUGCGACUCAAGGAGAGAUUUUUGAUGGGCUGAUGAGUGCUCGAGAGAAACUGCAGUUGAAAAGUACGACAUCAUUGGAUUUUCUUGUACAGGUGCUUUGUGAGUUGAAGAGGUGUGACGAGGCGUUGGCGUGCUUUCACUUGAUCACAGAGAAGGCGAUUUUGCCAAAUGUUGUGACUUGUAAUGCGUUAUUGAGUUCAUUGCUUAAGUCAAAUAGGAUGGAAUCAGCUUGGGAUGUGUUCGGCCAGAUGUAUAAGUUGGGGAUCUGUCCAAAUCGCUACACAUUUAAUAUAAUGAUCAAUGUCCUUUGUAAAGAAGGGAAAUUGAUGAAGGCCAGGCAGUUUGCUGAACAGAUGGAUGGAUUAGGGUUCAAGCCUGACAUCAUAACGUAUAAUACUUUAAUACACGGGCAUUGUUUUAGGGGUGAUCUCAAAGGAGCAAGUGGAAUUUUGGCGGAAAUGAAGGAUAAAGGGGUUAAACCAGAUGCAUACACUUACAACUCUCUUAUCAGUGGGUUGACAAAGGAGGGUAAAUUUGAGAAGGCUUCUGAUAUCAUCAAGAAAAUGAAUGAAUAUGGCUUUGUCCCGACAGCUGUGACUUACAAUACUAUAAUUAGUAUGUACUGUAAUAACGGGGAUCUAGAAAGGGCAUUUGCUACCAAGGAUGAUAUGGUCAAGAGGGGGAUAAUUCCCACUGUAACCACCUAUAAUAUGUUGAUUCAAGGUUUGAUUUUGGAAGGGAGGGUGACCGAAGGUAGUAAUUUAAUGAAAGAGAUGAGACAAAAAGGGAUGGUUCCUAAUGUUAUUACGUAUAAUACAUUGAUGAAUGGCCAUUCCAGGGCAGGGAAGGCAAAAGAGGCUCUUAGUCUCCAUGAUGAAAUGUUGACCACAGGUAUUGAGCCUACACUUAUUACUUAUACUUCACUUGUUUAUGUACUGGGCAAGAGGAACAGAAUGAGUGAGGCAGAUGACUUGUUUGCAAAAAUGAUACAGAGAGGAAUUCUCCCAGACCUUAUAAUGUUUAAUACAUUAAUUGACGGCCAUUGUUCUAAUGGAAAUAUCGAGCGUGCAAUUUUGAUUUUGAAGGAGAUGGAUAGGAUGACGGUUAGUCCAGAUGAGGUCACCUACAACUCUUUAAUGCAUAGGUAUUGUAGGGAAGGUAAAGUUGAAGAAGCAUGUAAACUUUUGGAUGAGAUGAAGAAGCGAGGCAUCAAACCAGACGUCAUUAGCUAUACUACACUAAUUAGCGGGUAUUGUCGAAAAGGUGACAUGGAGGAUGCGUUUAGAGUUAGAGAUGUGAUGCUUAGUCUGGGAUUUAGCCCAACCCUCUUGACCUACAAUGCCCUUAUACAGGGGUUGUGUAAAACCAAGCAAGGUGAGGCCGCAGAGGAACUUCUCAAAGAAAUGGUUAGCAAAGGCAUUAAGCCCAACGACCACACAUAUCUUUUUUUAAUUGAAGGAAUUGGGGAUGUUGAUUCUUUCUUGGGGAAAGAAGACCAAUUAGAUAAUCAUAUGAUACAAACAACAAACAUCUAAUGUGGAAAUACCAAAGCCUCUAUAGGUUUCUUAUAAGGCAGUGCAGCGAACUCCAGCAUUCUUCAAGCACCAGAGGGAAUACUCAUGAUGGUACUUUUUGUUUUGAGAAAAGUAAUUUGGUUGUGGGUUCUCCGCUUUGGUCGUUCGUAAAUCAAUGUCUGCUCUUCGUUCUCAUCAGCUUGCAAGUCCUCCAUCCUGUCCCUUUUCUCCGGAGUCUAAACUUUAGUAUGUAAGGUUUUGGCAGGACAAGCGUUUCAAGGCUCUAAACAUUUUGGAUCCAUGCUUGGGUCACAAUCAUUUGCUACAAAGAAUGCAUUUUCUACUGACAAGGAAUCCAUUGGGGUAGAAGAAAGCAAAGAUGCAGCCCAUCAGAAAUCCGACAGCUAUCGCCGCCCCGAUUCAAGAUCCGCGAGUUGAUUGGCCGGAUUUGUCUCUUCGGCCAUGCAUGGUUACACUUCUCAUACAAGAAAUUGAUUAAAAAGGAUAAAAGGAAAUGUAAUCUAGAAAGUGAAGUGAAGAUCACUCCACGAAGAAGUUUUAUGGAGAAGGAAACAAAUUCUAAAAGUGCAAAGGCUUCUGAAUUUCGGUUCUUAGCUGUUCUAAGAGUGAGUCGUCAUGGGAAUGGAAUAAACAGAGCUACUAUAAGUCGCUAGAAUAGCGAGGGCAGGGGAUGAGGUCUGGGAGACUUGGAGGGGACUAGAUUCUCACCCGCGCGAUGCGCGGAUGAAAUUUUACCAAUCUGUGAUUAAGAAGUGUCUUAUAAAAACGCAAAAAUAAUUGAACUCAUAAUAAAGUGGUAAGUAAUAUAUAUAAUAAGUGUUAGUAGUUAAGAGAGAGAUAACAUAUGAAAGUGUAAAGUGGUAAGAAAAAUAAUAAGUGUACAUAAUGAAACUACAAAUUCUGAAAUACUUCUUUGUAAACAAUUUUAGUAGUAUGAUCAAUUUAUUUGUCAUCCACAUCAUAGAUCAAUAUCUUCAACCCUUUACGAUUGGUAACUCUUGACACUGCAACGUAAAGUUGACCAUGAGUGAAGACUGGUUUCUUAGUACCAGGCCAACAUGUGACAGAGAUUGACCUUGACUUUUGUUUAUAGUCAUCAAAUAAGAGGUCAUGAUUGAAAAUUGCCUUCUUUGAACUUGAAUGAUAUUCUUGCAUCUGAAGGUGUUAGUGUCAAUCUAGGAAUGACCACUUCUUGUCCAUCAAAUUUUCCUCCUAAAAUUGAUGCUCCAAGAUCAUGAUUUCCAAGCCUUGUAAUAAUCAACCUUGUGUCAUUGCAUAAACCCAUAGAAUGAUCAAUGUUCCUUGGAAGCAUAACUGGAGUACCAAUUAAAAUUAAACCUAGCCCUACACAAAGAAUGAUACCCAACCUAGCGUUUAAAUUUAUUUGGCUAUCUUCGGCCCACUAACCCAGCCCAACAGCUAAAAUUAAACCUACCCAAACCUAACCCAGCUAGGGAUGGACUCGGGUUCGGGCCGGGUCCGGGUCAGGCCUAGGCCCGGGCGGGCCGGCGGUUCAAGAAUAGUGGACCCGGGACCGGCCCGGGUAGCCACCGGGUCCGGGCCGGGCCGGGCCUCCGGUUUGGAUUUUUUUUUUUGCUUUCCUAACCCCCCCCCCUCACCCCCCACCCUCCCAAACCCCCCCAAACCCAUCCUACCCAUCAAGCCCAACCCGGGUGGAACCCCAAAAAUGAAAAAAAAAAUAAAAAAAAAUCAAUUUGGCCCGGGCCCGACCCGGCCGGGCCGGUUCACCAAAAUUGAGACCCGAGCCCGGACCCACCUUACCCCCCGAGCCUAGGCCCGACCCGGACCCGAGAACCGGGCCGGUCCACGGGCCGGGUGGCCCGACCCGAGUCCAAUCAUAAACCCAGCCUGCCCUAUAUUUAUCCCUUUGCCCUCCGGAUAACCCUAUUAUCCGAUCCUUCAGUUCCAUCUCUUAACCAUUCGGCCCCCCUAAAGCAACCAUCGGUUCUUCCGAUGAUCUGCUUGUCGUUGCUUCAUCUACCACUUUUAUUUGAGUGAACAACUUACUCUCCACCGUACUCUGUGACGGUGGCAAGCAGACCCAUCGGUUUACAGCGUCAAGUUGCUUCAUCUACCAAAGCUGAGUGAUAAGUUCAUGAUAUCAGAAGUUAUUUGUGUGCGCACCGGAGAUGCUCUUAGUUUGAUAGAGAGCGGGAAGAGCAUGAGGCGAGAACAAGCUUGGACCCACUUCUGUGGCUUGUGGGCCAGUUAUGGGCUUGAAUUAUAGUUUUAUUUAUUAUUAUUAUAGUUUAUGUUAUGUUUUUAGUUUGUGCCUAUUAUAGUAGACUAGUAGAGUAUUUAGUACACUACUAAAUAUUUAGGGGUGGGCUAUGUGUGGUUGCGAGGGGGCUGCGGAAUAAUGUAGGAGUGGGCAAAAAUACCGAACCAGCAUGGUACUAGGGAUGGACUCGGGCUGGGUGGCCCGACUCGGAACCGGCCCGGUACUGUUCCGGCCCGGCCCGACCCGGUGGCCCGGUCAGUGACCGGUCCGGGUAGGUCUGGCCCGUGGGUUUUCCGGUCCGAGUUCGGGUCACCCAAAACAAGGCCCGGCCAGGCCCGGGCCCGUUUCGGGCCAAAAACUAUUUUUUUUCAAAUUUUUUUUAAAUUUUCUGGUUGGACUGGGUAUUUUGGGCCAUUUGGGGUGGUUUGGGGGGUUGGGGGUGGGAUGGGGGUUAAUUAGGGAGAGGAAAACAAAAAAAAAGUUAUAAUGGGCCCGACCCAGCCCGGACCGGACCCGGUGGUUACCCGGGCCGGUCCUGGGUCCACCAUUUCUGACCCGCCAGCCCGCCCGGGCCUAGGCCCGACCCGGGCCCGGCCCGGACCCGAGUCCAUCCCUACAUGGUACUGAACUAGACCGGUAUGGUACCAGACCGAAAAAUGGGGUUUGAAAUGGAUCUCAUAAUUUUUGUCCUGAAUCGGACCGGACCGGUUCCAAACAAUGCCAUGACCGGUUCUCAUAAAACCAGAAACGGUACCGAACAGAACCAGACUGAAUUAUGAUUUAAUUAUUUAAAUGUAUAUUUAUACCAUUACUUUGAUUA